AUGGUGAAACUAGCCAUCUUCAUGCUAAGAAAAUGUAUCUCCAAGAAGAAAUUACUCUUGGACCUCAAUUUGAUGAUGAAACGAGGAAAGAAGGCCUUUACAGCCAACAAAGUCUCCACCACUCAAGGUGGCGGUGUUGUUGGUUUUGAUGUUCAACAAGAGUACGAGUUUAGUUGUAGUAACACCCCUUUAUACCGUCAUUACUUCACCAACAAGAAGAAAAACCACCAAAACUACUACUACAUGCCUUCUCCGAAAAUUGAAGAAAUUGAUAAUAACUUAGAGGCUAUUAGCAAGGUGUUGGACACCAUGUUGUCUAGGAAAGAUAGCGGUGUCCGGCCUCUAAGGGUAACGGACUCUCCAUUUCUUUUGCAAAAUGAAGGAAUUUGUGGUGAUCAACGUGUGGAUGAAGCUGCCGAGGAGUUUAUUAAGAGGUUUUACUCGCAACUCAAGGAGCAAAACUGUUAUUAG